AUGGCAUUGGCAUCCUGGUUUGGAUGGAAUGAAUCUUCUAAUCGUAUUUCUCAAAAAAGCCCAAUGGAAAUGGUGACUGAAACCCUGAUGAUGGAGCUUGAUUGGCAGAUCAAAGAAGCUGAGAAACAACAGCGGGAGAAAGAAAAUGAGUAUCGCAAGAUCAAAACAGGAGUUGAUUAUGGUUGGCUGGUUAGCUAUCCCAAGCAAGGCUAUGAUAUCAGUCCAGGGGAGCGUCUUCAGCUGGAGGAUAUCUGUUCCAAAAUACAUCCAUCCUAUUGUGGACCAAUCAUUAUUAGAUUUCGGCAACUUAUUGCUGAAUAUGAACCAGAGCCUGGAGAAAUACCUCGGCUUUUCCGUUCUGUUCUGCACGAUGCCACCGAGAAGAUCAAAGAGGAAGAGGAGGCCAAGAAACUUGCAAGACAAUGGAACACCAAGAACAGAACCAGCCUCUCCCUCACCACAUUCAGAUCCCGCAUCAGGAUUUCCCCCUUCAGCAGUGAUAUCAAGACCAUUUCAGAAGAUGUGGAGAGGGGCAUGGAGCCGACCAGAAGAAUGUGGAGCAUGCCUGAAUUCAGGGAUACCAAGGACUACUGA